CGUCUAACAACGAUGGUGCGUCUAACAACGAUGGUGCGCAUAACAACGACGGUGCGUAUAGCAACGACGGUGCGAUUAGAGGCAGUGGCGUAGAGCGGCGCGAAUUUUCGCAAGAAAUUGUUAGCGUGACAAGUGAGCUAGGGUGCGGCCCAAGUAACACCCGUGAAUUCGAUGGUACGAAAAUAAGUCUAUUAGAAAAGGAGAUAGAGUUGCUUAAACUAAAAUUAGAGUUACAACAAGGCGGAGCGAAAUUGACGGUCGCAACAGACAACGCUAAGCCUGGGUUGGAGACUAUGAAGGAGCUUAUGGCCGACUAUGACGGAAGCGAGGAUUUUGACAUGUGGCGGUCUCAGUUGCUCCAUUUUCAGCGAGUUUUACAAGUCAGCGAUGAGGCGUUAAGUUUAGUCGUACGGCUCAAAAUGAAAGGCGAAGCCCUGAUGUGGUACAACUCCAACAAGAUGUUUAUGCGCACUGUUGGCGAAAUCCUCGCAGAAAUGGAGGCAAUAUUCGCAAAGAAAGACAACUUGCUCAAUGUACGUAGAAAAUUUGAAAGGCGAAUUUGGAAGUUUGGUGAACAGUUCAGUAGCUACGCUAACGAGAAACGGCUGUUAAGCGCUGGCCUCAACCUAUGCGACGAAGAAUUUGUUGAAUACCUCGUAGACGGCAUUCCUCAUAAACAAUUGCAGAUACAAGCCAAGCUUCAGAAUUUUAAAAGUGCUGGUGAGGUGACUAGAGCAUUUCGGACUGUCGAGUUGCCGCGACGAGCCGCACCAAAAACGAAUUUACAAAGUGGUGAAGAGCGGCUAAGGUGCUACAACUGCAAUUGCUCCGGCCACAUCGCAAAAGAGUGCAGCAAGCCUAAGCGCGAAUACGGGACGUGCUUUGCGUGUGGCGAACGCGGACAUUUUGCGGCGAGCUGCAAAAACUACAAGAAGUCGACAUCCAGUAGCAAUUUUAAUGCCUAGUCGAUUCGGGGAGCCCAAUAAGUCUUGUAAA